AUGGGAGACCCAGCGUUCAAGAAUGAUCAGCUUGAUGCUGUGCAAGCCUUCUCCACUGGUCCUCGAAACUGCAUAGGCAAGAACUUGGCACAACACGAGAUGCGCCUGAUACUGGCUACGCUGUUACUGCACUUCGAUGUGGAGCUCUGUGAGGAGACCUUCGACUGGAGUGAUCAAGUCGCUUACCUGAACUUCAUCAAGAAGCCAUUGAUGGUGAAGCUGACACCAGUGCGGGAGAUUGGAUGCUGUAUCAGCACAUGUUCGAAUCUUGAUACCUGCCCAACUGAAUCAAAUUUGAUGGAGGAAGUCGUGAAAUCCCGUAGCUCAAGAAGAAGGUAG